CAACUCGUGCAACCCCCAGAACAUCGAGACCAUUGAGGUAUCCGGAGUCAACAUCAGGAACCAUUCCUUCAAAAUGAAAUUCAUCGGCAUCAAGUCCUUCAAACAGCUCGGUGUCCACGAAUCGGACGGGAGGUGUCACGUGAGCAUCAUGGUUUUCCCCGAGAAGAGGCAACGAGACAGCGGGAUGAAAGUCCUGACAGUCACCAACGGUAGGAAGGAGAUCCUUCACGUGAACACCCUCAGAAAGCUGUGCUUCUCUAUCCCAGCCCUGGUCCGGAAGCACGUUGUCCUUGGGGAUCUUGCGGACAGGGAUAGGUUGUACAGGAUGGACGCCAGACCCAGAGGACUGUGUGUGAUUAUCAACAACAAAACAUUUGAGGAUGCCAACGGGAAUGAUUAUUUACCCUACAGGAUGGGGUCUGAUAUUGAUGCUAAAAACCUGAAGAAAUUGUUCCAGAGCUUCGCUAUGGAGGUUAAGAUGUAUGUGGAUCUCAGUGACUGUGAUAUCAUUAAGGAGACAAAGAAGAUAUCUCUAAAAGACCAUUCAGACUAUGAUAUUUUCAUCUGUUGUAUUUUGUCUCAUGGCAAGAAUGGUUCCGUACUUGGAGUAAACAACUCAGAGGUUCCGAUUCUGGAAAUCACAUCCACCUUCAGAAACAGAGGUUGUCCUUCUUUGGCCGGCAAACCAAAGCUGUUCUUCAUCCAGGCGUGUCAGGGCGAGAGACCCCAGCGGGGGGUUGUCCAGUCUGACGUCAUACUGGACGAGGAGUUCACGAAGGUUCUGCCAGAUGGGUCGGACUUCCUCAUCGCAUGUUCUACGGAGCCUGGAUAUGAAUCAUUCCGUCACACGAGCACUGGCUCCUACUUCGUCAACUCUCUGGUGAAGCAGCUCGAUGUCUCGGCUAACAGAAGCCUUGUGGACAUUCUCACUGAUGUGUGUAACGAGGUGUCCGAUCAGACAUUCGACAAUAACAGGAAGCAGGUGCCCUGGUUUACCUCGACGCUCAGAAAGACGCUGAUUUUCAACCAGUGUAAUCAUUAUGUGAAUGCCUAACACGGUACUCCUGGAUGUGUUGCAAUGAUGGAGUGAGUGAGUGAGUGAAUGAGUUGGGUUUAUCAUAAUAGUAGCUUUGACACUGCCUAUUGAAAGACACUGAAAUUGCACUCAUGAACAGCUGUAAAUAAUAUUGUGUUGAUAUGCAUUGAUGGGAAAGUAAUGAUGAUGUUUCUGUUUCCGUACGAAUGGGUUAAAAUGAAUAAAAUUUCACAACGAGACUGCCCAUGUCAAAUGUAAAGUCGAGAGUAUGUUCCAAGAGAGUAAAUUUCUGACUCUAAUGCAAACUGCUCAGAGGAUACAAAGUUAUCUAUAUUUGUACGGAAUAAAUAUAAUUUGAAUUAUU